AAAAUACAAACAAUUGAUUAAUCAAUGACAGCAGAGCAUAGCAACAAACGUUAACUGGAAGCCGCCAUUAUUGUUGCCUCUCUGUCCCGCCCCACGGCCACGCCUACUCUACCAAUUCUUGCAGCACAAACCUAUUUUCACCAAUCCCUAUUUCUUCUCUUUCUUUAAGAUCUAUCCAGUUUUUUACUCGAUCGAUUGUCCCUUGUUUUUUGGCCUCAACAGCUGCCGGAUUAUUUUCUUCCCCUAGAUUCCAUCGACAGGGUGAGUCAAGGUAUUGGAGUCUUUCCCUUUGAUUUCCUCCUCAAGGUUGGUUCCUCUUGGAAAUCUUCGACUGUGUAAGCGAAUGCUUCUUUACGUGUUGCAAUUUAGGGGACCCAUUUUGGAUUUCGUUCAUUUUCGAGGUUUCGAUUGAAUCUUCGGGCUUGUGCGUUGAUGUGAAGUUCUUGUAGCAUUUUUAUCCAACAGUUUGUGAUCGAAGUUUGUGGAUUGCGGUUUCUUGCGGUCUUUGGUCUUGUGAAAUAUACCCUUGAUUAGGGUUUUGACGAGUUUCCGAGGAAUUUGAGGAAAAUAGUUUGUUCAAUGUGUAGCAGGAAUAGUUAUUGUAAUCCUGUGAAAAGGCAACGACCCGCGUUCUAGUGUUUGAGAAGAGAGUUGUUUGGGUUUGUGAUUCUUAGCCUGCGGUGAGGAUGGGGCCAUUGCACUACGUACUGAUAGCAUUGCCUUGUACAAUUGGGGCAAUGGCAUUGGCGAUUAUCCACAUUUACAAACAUCUAUUGAAUUAUACCGAGCCCACGUAUCAGAGAUAUAUCGUCCGUAUCAUCUUUAUGGUUCCGGUUUAUGCAUUAAUGUCUUUCUUGUCGCUGGUCCUAAACAAAAGCACAAUUUACUUCAAUUCAAUCAGAGAAAUAUAUGAAGCAUGGGUCAUCUAUAAUUUCUUAUCACUGUGCUUAGCGUGGGUAGGUGGUCCAGGAGCUGUCGUGGUUAGUCUGUCUGGCAAAAUUUUGAAACCAAAUUGGUGCUUAAUGACAUGUUGCUUGCCACCACUUCCAUUGGAUGGGCGCUUUAUACGAAGGUGCAAACAAGGCUGUUUGCAGUUUGUGAUCCUGAAGCCCAUUCUAGUUGUAGUUACUUUUAUACUUUAUGCAAAAGGGAAAUAUGAAGAUGGGAAUUUCAACCCAAUGCAAUCUUAUCUCUACAUAACCAUUAUCUACACCUUCUCAUAUUCGGUGGCACUUUACGCGUUGGUCUUGUUUUAUGUGGCUUGUAGAGAUUUGCUUCAGCCAUUUAAUCCAGUUCCCAAGUUUAUCAUAAUCAAAUCUGUGAUAUUUCUUACAUACUGGCAGGGCGUUUUGGUUUUUCUUGCUGCAAAGUCUGGAUGGUCAAGUGAUACCGAGGAAGCUGCAGAUUUUCAAAAUUUUUUAAUUUGUGUUGAGAUGCUUAUUGCUGCUGUUGGUCAUUUCUAUGCUUUUCCCUAUAAAGAGUAUGCCGGUGCAAAUAUAGGUGGUAACCGGGGCUUCACUGCAAGCCUUGCACAUGCCUUGAAAUUAAAUGACUUCUACCAUGAUACGGUACACCAGUUUGCACCAACCUACCAUGAUUAUGUGCUCUACAAUCCUAGUGAGAGUGAUGAUGGAGCGAAGAAGUACAGGGCACGAACUUUUGUUCCAAUUGGUCCAGAAAUGGAUACAGUUCGAAGAAACAAAAACAUUUUUGGGAGUAAGUUGGAAGACAUACAGUUAUCCAGUCUCUCAUCUUCAGGAGGCAGCACGCCACAAAAUUCUGCUCCGAUACAGAACACUGCAAAAUCAGAGGCAAUGAGCUCUUCGCUGCUCAUGGAUGCAUCAAAUUCCGUCUCCACACCCUAUGAUCUCUCCCUUGUUGACAUAGACAUGUCUAAUUACCCAGCAAAAGUGCCUGCGGCUAAUGAAGGCGGGACAAGGUGACGUGUGUGAAUUUGCAGAGCAUCUGCACAUUUGUAUGUCUCAUUUCUUUUAACACUAGAAUGUUGUCUCCAUUAGGACUAGGACUUGUACAUGUAGGAUAAUGUGUUUCGACCUCUUUUUAGCCACACGGAAUUAGAUGUUGGUUGAGCAUAAUGCCCUUUGACACCACUGUUUAAACUUGACAUCAUUACUGUACAUGAAAGGCUUAUUGUGGUAUUUAAUUGUCUGUAGUCGUCGAAAGUCGUUUCUUUGUUCUCUUUUUCCUUUUAUUGUGGUAUCGAUUUGCUCCCUUUGCGUUCA